CGCAUCUUAGGCCCUAGAGGAUAAGUGAAAUACUUAAUUCGCACACUAAUGACGUCGGAUCCGUCCCUGAUCGCUAUAACCUUUGGAAAACGAAUGCGACAAACAGCGACGAUCGGAUAUUAUUAGGCCGAAGAGGGCCUCAAUAGUACCUGAACACUAGCUUUUCACUUUCUCUAGCUUUAAUUCUUUCCUCUUGACCAUUUAUUUAUCCUACUCUGCGCAAUUACUAAUUACGGAAAUAAUAUGUCGAAACUUUCAGAGGCCGUCAAGGCGCUCAUCAACGCCGGCCAUGCGCGGUCUGGCUAUACUCCCUCGUCGGCAAGUGUGCAGACUGCCUUAACAAAAUUCGCAAGUGAUGCUGCCGAAAAGAAGGUCGGGUUACCAGCUUGGGUGACUUUGUCGACAGCCGUCUCAGCGACACUAAACUGCCCCGAAGCCAUGACGCAAAUCUUCCAUCUAGCUAACUCGACAACGACGACCAACGAGCAGCGCACACCCGUUCAGAAUGCCGAGCUGAUCCGCGAAGUUGGGCUCAAGUGUAUCUCGUUCAAUGGCAUUCCGCGAAGCAUCAACACGCUGGGCGCAUUCCGUAAUAGCCUACCCGCCGACGUCGCCUCAUCAUUAAGUACGACUCCGACGCGCGAGCUGACGCCAUCUAACCUCGAGGUCCGUAAGCGCGACGGUCUCGCCCUAUGGGAUAGCGUCUACGUAGGCUUCGAGCGCAAGCUACUCGACAAACUGGCACAGUCGCAUCCGGAUCUACCCGUCCACAUCCUCAACGGUCACUACUCCAACCUGUUAUCAAACCCGCGAGGCGUAGAUGCUCCCGCGAAGGUCGGUCGCGUACUCACGUCGCUUGUAGCUAUUGCGUGUCUGCGCGCACAGACCGGUGUCGGACCUCAGGUUGUCUCGCACAUCUUUGGUCUGCGGAAGGCGUACGACAACGGUGACGCGCAAGCCGAAGGAGAGGAGCCUGUCGAGGGCGGUGCAUGGCUGGCUACCGAAGACGGCAAUAUCUGGAUAUUGGAGAAUAUUGAUAAGUUAGUCAACGUGAUUAGCAACGGCGAAGGAACUACGUUUGCGCCUGGUUUACGGGCUAAAUUAUAAGAAGGGUAUAGUACAUAGAUUAUGAAUUAGCUAAUGACUUGCUCUUGUGUUUGUCAAGGGGGGUUAAGAUAUGUAAAUGAAGUUACGAAACUGUACAUGGGAAUAAGAGCUUGAAUUAUAAGUCAAUAUUCACAUAGUGUACCUAGUUUAUAUAUCCACCAUAUAAGCAGUGUAUUUAUAU